AUGGGAGCAGCUCUCCUUAGCUAUGGUUUGCUCCUUGGAGUAGGAGCUGGAAUAGUUCGAGAAACUUCCACUUUAGUACUAGGACACUAUUUCAAGCGAAGAAGGGAAUUCGUCGAAAUGGUAGCCCAAUCAGGGACAGGAGUAGGAAUCGCUCUUUUUUCUGUUCUGUAUAAAGAGGCUGUGGGCGCAGUUCAAGGCUACCACGGCUACGUCCUCUUCGUGUGGAUGUACGGCGUUUGUCUGGGGGGUUUCUCCUACUCCCUCAAGAUGUUCACCUUGGAAAGGGUGAAAGGACGGCACUUCACGAAAGCGUGGGGCUUCAUACAGGGCGCCAAAUCGGUGCCCGUGCUCAUCGGGAUACCCAUCACGGGGUACAUCAAUCAGACGUACCCCAAGGCGGGGUACUAUUUCAGUUUCGUCACUACCAUUAUUGGUGCUAGUCUGAUGUUCCUUGUUGGCACGCGGAAGGACCAUACCUCCAUCUUGAAUAGCCAUUCGAAUAGCAAUUUGAACAAUUGCUCCGUUACCAACCUCAACCUGAUGAACGACUGCGCAUGCCCGUUGGUUCCCUACAACGGUCUAUACACGCCGCAAAAACCUUCUUACCAAUUCUGCAGGCAAGGCAGCAACAACUAUGAACGCAUUUUCGCCAACUAUCAUGACCAUUUCGAUAAAGCGAAUUAUCACAGGCUGUCCUAUAGACACAAAAAAGACACCCCUUACCAACAUCACUUGCCGAAAAGCAUCAGCUACGCAGCCAACAUCGACAGAUCGGCCUACCAUCCCCAGCUAAGCAGUUUGUGCAACAAACAAGACCACAUCAGAUAUUCCUCGCUGCCAAGGAUGAAAAGAGGUGCUACCCUCAGACCAAGUAAAAGUGUACCUGAAGGACUAGCUCGGUGGGAGUACUGUAGAACUUAUAGGAGACCUACCAUUAGGAACAUUCAAGUGAUUGAGCAAAUGACGACUUCUGUAUAAUAGCGAAUAGAAAGACCAAAGAUUUAUUAUAAUUAGGAAUUAAAGAUGAACUUCCUGAGUUGUUUGUUUUAUUCAUUAUGGUUCCUC